UCUUUGUUUAUCAACUAUUGAGCGUUAACACACGCUGAUAAAAACGGCGAUAUCUGUAGCUAGCUACUUAACAACUUCUGUAUAUUUGUUAAACUUGAUUUACAUUGCUUUAAACGUGUUCAACCAAUUAUACUCCGUUUUAAGGCUUCAAGAUGAAUAGAAACGUAUAGUCUUGCUUGUUAAAGUUUGUCUAAAUAAAAAAGGUUUAAAUCUGUUAGUAUUUGUAUGUGGAAUUAGGAACUGUGAAAAGAUUUUUGAAAUGCGGUGUGUAGAUUAUCGAGGCAGAGUAGUUCUUUAAAAAGCCCAACAAUGCUGAGUGAAAAGAGCAGCCCGAGGGCCGGCGAGGCUCCAAGGGUACCAAUUUCCCUCGAGGGCGAGAGGCGCAAGGCCAUGAAACUUAUUUUUCGGAUGGAGAAAAAUUCAGAACAUUUUAGAGAGAAGUGGUUACUGGAUGUGACUGAUGAAAAUACGGAUGAGUGGGUAGAGUAUAUCAAUCUGGUGAAGAACAAAAGCAACAAGCAAUACAGAAAUUAUAAAGACUUCGAGAAAGAGCUUAUAAAGUUGAAAAAUGACCAAGGAUAUCUUGGAAGCAGAACGGCUACAAUUUCUCAACUCCAGACAGUGUGUGAGCGCGCAAAGGCGUUCGAAGACAUUUAUGACUUGAAUUACCAACGCAUUGACGAUGCUUUGAAACAUUACAUGGGUAAAUAUUGUCACAGCUUUGUUGCAGAGCUGGAAGAUUUGGACGUGGAGUGUGUUAGGGAAUAUGAGAACGCUAUUAAUGAAUGGCAAGCUGAAAUACGUGGUUGCCUAGAUGACGCGGAGAAAGCUAUGUGUAACAUAAAUGAAAUGUUUGACAUUUCGUUCUCGGAGUACGUGUCAUCCUACGCGCAUGCUGUUCGCGCAAUGCACAUGGUAUUAGAUUCCUUUCUCUGCGUGAGUGAUCCAUUCAGGAGUUGGGUUACGGCCGACGAGGGAUAUGUAACUAAAAUAAGAAUUGAAAUCGGAUAUUUACAACGGCAAAAAGCAGUGAUUACUGAAGCGGCGAGAAAGAAUAGUUUCAGGAUACAAGAAACCAAAGCAAAAGGGCUUCAGACAAGUUUUAAGAAUAAAAAGCUGGAUGAAAAGGUGAAAGGAACAGUUUUUAACAGACAAUUCUGCCGCAAGAGGGAGUUCUCUGUUGUUGACAAAAUUGAAAUGACCGAAAACAUCCUCCAUGAGAAAAACUUAGAGCUUGAUGAAGCGGCGACGAAACUUCUCUCACGGCCGCUGCACACUUUGGUACGAGAACCGUCAGACGGGAUGAAGGACAAGACAGCAAGGCUUCAACACGAGGUGAAUAGAAUAGAGAAACAGUUGAAUCAAAUGAAACGCGGGAAACGUGAACUGAGAGAGACGAGGUACAACCUGCAGAAAGAGUACCAUAAACUAAAGGGAACAUACGAGUCCAGUAUAAAGCAAGCCCGACAUCAGGCAGAAAUUUUUAAUGACCAGAAGCAACGGGUUCGAAAAACAGAGGAGGACCUCAAAAUUGUAGACAGAAAAAUAAAGGCUCUUAAACGUAUAAUUUAUGUGAAGAAUCACCCAGCAACGGUCAAGAAAAUAUUCUUUGACGGCUACGUUCCUGGCGAGAAAAUUGACUUUAGAGGAAGGAUGUGUAAAUUCAAAUUCAUGAGCAUACAUGAACCCCCAGAUACGUUAAGAGAAGCUAUAGAUGUGGCUGCGCAAGGAGUUGGUAAAGAUUGGGAUAAGAUGUAUCAGAAACUUCCCUUCAACCCUCCUAGAAACCCUUUACUCCGCUCACAAGAUCUUGAACUGUUGGACAUGGAUUUUAAGAGUGUUCACCCUCCAUCGGAACAGAUGGCUCUGCGUUCAUUGGACAAAUGGACAUCUCUCAGCAAAGUGACGUCAGUUAACGCGCUCGUGCGUACUUUAAAAACAAUAAAGAUGUUGCUAAAAGAAUCGAGAAAAAGUGGUAACAGUUGUAAAUUAGGGUAGAAUUUUAACUAACUUUCCAAAGAUAUACGUUUAUACAAAUAUUUAUUUAUUUAUUUAUUUAUUCUCGUCAGUUUUUAAUACAAACAGUGGCAUUUAGACGUCUGAUACACGUAUCUAGACGUCAUUUACGGUGUCCAUGACUGAUUUUCUUUCAUCGAGAGCUUUUCACGAUGAAUUGCGAGAUUGUGAUUAUAUCCUCACCAGUUUUGGAAGGUGAUAAGUUGCCUUCUUUUCUUACAUUUGCCUAAGGGCAAAAUAUGCAUACGCUUAAACAAUAAAGUUAAGUGGAAGUUACUUCCCAUUAUCAGUACAAAAGCGAAGUGUGAGUGUAACCUCGGAUGAAGGCAUGAAUGUGGAAAUCGAAAAUCAUUUACCACGACUCCACUUGGACCUGUUUACCUACUUCCCUCUCACGUCCCCAAGGAAUUGGUUCUUCAAGUGAGAGCUAAAAAGUGUUUAAAAACCAAAACUUCAAAAGACGCCUUCCAUCAGUACUUUAAAUACAUCGAUAUUUCAUAGAAUCUCACGUCUUCCAAUUUUACAAAAUAAUUAUGUACGCAAAUUGACUACAAAAGAACUGUUUGUAAUCGUUUUAUUCAUUUUAACACAACUACGCAAUGAAAAAUCAUAAUUAUAUGUGUAAACAUAACAUUUUACCUGUAUUAAGUUAUCAACGGUCAUAUGCAUGGUGGACGCCUGGCAAGUAGAAAAUCACACAAAUGGAUCUAAUAAUUGUUGAUUCUUCAAUCGAAGGUGGUCUUCAAACGUUACUUUUCAUUACUUUUAAUAUGCAUAUCUGUUCAAUAAUGACAGAAAAUAACAACUUUAUUUUGUGAUGGUAACACAUUACGAUGUAAACAAACGUAUACCAAUGGUUUAUAACAUUUUUAACAAUCGUUUAUUAAACAAACUGGUCAAGUUGACCAAAAUCUUUGUCUGGUUAUGGAAAUAAUUCAUGUUGUUUGCAAAUAAAGAAAUGCAUGACAUUUGUUACAAUA